AUGUCCGGCGCAACGAUCGUCACGUCGUGGUUCGAGAUCGGCGGGACGGCCUCGGGGUUGCACAGACAGGUCACGAUGGUCGAUGUGUGCAUUUCUGGGCAACCGACGGGGGUGGAUGAAAGCGGGGACGUGGCGAGGUUGGCGAUGUCGUUCAUCGCGGAUGCGAAACUAGACACCACACACCCUCCUCUCGCCACCCUCUCGUUUCUCCCUGAUAGCCGUUGCAACUAUAACAUCCAACACCCCAAGGCAAACAUCACACCUGCACCGCCAGCGGAGAGGAGUAUCGAGUCAUACUGCCCCAGCUCGAUCGACGAGCCGCCAUACGACCCAUCUAUCACCACCUAG